AUGCCGUGUUUCAAAGGCCUUGCAGUCAGCAUCCACACCCCCAACGGGCCGUUGCCAGAGUACUCAGUCCAACGGCAAUCUCGCGCCUCCCGGAUUGCCUGCUACAUUCCCGUCCCGCCUCCCAAACUUCCAGAUUCCUCAGCAAGCAAACCCGAACAGUCCACCUUCGCAAUCUCCAUUACCCUCCUCACCCCGGGCCAAAAUGUGCCUUACUCAACCCCAAAACCCACACCAGAAAACCCGCACCCAAAGGCAAAAGUUGUUGGCCCUUUUCCUAAGGGCGCAAACACUGUUGCAAACUCUGUCGGACCCUAUCAGGCCCUGACGACUUCGCCCAACGAGACUGUUGCUGCCUAUAUAUAUUUCGACGGCCGGCAGAAGGAAGAGGUGGCGACGUUGUUGCGGCGCGGGGAAGAGACAUGGGUUAAUUCCAGAUGGGUUGGGAUACCGCAGUCCGAGGGUGGAGGGCUUGCGGAGCGGGAGUUUUUGUUUCGAGAGGUCGGGUUGGAGAGGUGGCUGAAUGGGCUGGAUUUGGAAGGGAAGGAUUCCGCAGCGAAGAUUGAAAGGAGGUGGCAGAAGAUGGAGCGGAGGCGGAGGAGAAAGGGUUCAAACAGCACCCGGCGGCAAGGGCAGGAGGAACAAAGGCUGGGGAAUGAUGGGAAUGAUGAGAUGAUGGAAAUGGAUGAGAAGAAAACUAGGUUCCCUGGACAGCAGCGGCAGAGUGUAUUGCGCUAUGGAGAUGAUGCAGAGGCGCCUGUUGAGAAUUUGUCGGAUGUCGACUACACGUCUGGCACUGAGGAUGAUGAUGAUGAUCCGAUCCCUGAGACGGCGGGUCAGAUUAAAGUGACCCUGUUUAGGGUUUUGGCAUCGGGAGAAAUCAAGCGGGGGGAAUAUUCGCCUCAGUUCGAUGCGCAUGAUGACGAUGAAGACAAGCCGGAGUCGAAUGGCCAAGGGGCUAAUGAUGUGGAUGUUGAUCAUACUACCAGCUUUGCAAAGCCGAAAUCCCUAGAUCCCAGGUCUAUCAGUACACAGACCGUUACAGGAAUUGAUCCACCGGACAGGCCGUACGCCAUAUUUACGUUUAUGUAUCGAGGAGAGCGGCAAUUGCAAAAGAUGGGUAUUCUGGAAACGAAGUCCAAGGCUAAAGAUAACACCGGCUCGACUGCAAAACGUGUAUCUGUACAGCCGGACUUUGCGAACCUUGCGCCCCUAAAGCCUGGUGGUGCUGUUGGCUUUAUUAACUUUAGAGACAGCAAUAGCAAAGAGGGACUGGGAAAGUCAAGAAAGAAGCCUAAGCGGAGUAGUGGAAGUGACAUGGAUGACAGUGAUGAUGAUGAUGAAAAUGGUACAUCGUCUAUACUUCACAAAGCGGAGUAUGAGGAGGAUAAGGAUGUUGGUUCUUCGCUGCUUUCACCUGAUGACGUCAAAAGACAGGGAGAACUUGCGGAGGGCGUGAGGCAGAUAAAGCUGAAACGGCAACACUCCGCCGAUCCCCUCACAAACAGCGGCAACGCGACUUCGCUAACCUCAAAAUCAAACACACCCGCACCAAUAUCGACGACCCCUCCUUCCAACAGCAUAACCAGCACAACCACUGUAGCUGUUCCCGACGCCACCACCCCUCCGCACGGCGCCUCUUCCCUCCCAGACUCACAUGAACCGCAUAUUAACAACCACAGCAGCAGUGUGCUAGACAGGGACCCGGCGUUCAUCGGAAGCCCCUUGAAGAAGCAACGGGCUAGUGUGUUGGGCACGGACAAUGGUGUCUUUAAUAACAAGAGAUCGGGCGGGUCGUGUUUGGCUGCUAACAUUCAGGAGAUUACGGGGUCAAGUCCUAGCUCUGGUCUUAAUGGGUGUGAAAACGGUAAUGUAGCUACGAGUGUCCUACCCGGAAGCAAUUUGAGUAUUAAGCAGAAACCGCCACAGGAGCCUGAGGAGGAUCUUUAA